AUGGCAUCAAAAAAUCCUUUAGAUUAAAAAUCCCAAAUCAUUGAUAACAAAAAAGUAUUUUUUUUUAUUCUCUACAGACACCUAUUUCGAUUGCCUCCUCAGAUGACUGCAUUGAGUUAAGACCAUAAGAAUAUAAAGGUUAUAAAUUUAAUAUUUAGUGA